AUGGCUGCUUCCAACAUUAGAGAGAUAAACAUUGAAGAAAACAAUGACAGAGCCUCUGGUAUGGCUCGUCGGGCCGAACGAGAGCAGGCUGAGAAGCAUCGUGCUAGGGAUAGGGUUACCGCUUUGCGCGGUCAAAUGCAAAACGGUGACGACCAAGUGCAAAACGACAAUGUUGAAGAGAGCAAAACCAUUCCUAGGAAGUGCAAGAUUGCAAUACUUGCAGUUCUGAUGAUUGCCUUUGUCGGAGGAGCCGUUGCUAUCUUUGGAACCAUAGGGUCGCCUUCUUCUUCUGCAGCAGCAGCAGCAGCAGUGACUACCGAUGCUCCAGUGUCAGUCAUUCCAACAGAAGCGCCAACUCCUCUUCCAUCACUGACACCCACGGUAGCCUCGACGUUGGAAGUAAUUUAUCCCAAACCGUCUCCACAAGCGUGUGCUCAGGUGGCUGCUGGUCAACCAGUUCUAGGCCAACGCAGUUUGGCAACUAGAAGCUUUAACGUGGAGCUCGAUGUUUCCUUGGCGGCUGAAACGGACAUUGAUACCAUGGUGGAUGCUCUACAAAUCCAAACACAAGACAUUUUGAUUCCAAGUUUGGUAGGGUGCAAUGAAAGGCGCGGAUUAAGAGCCAUAGUGUUGCGCCAAUCCACAACACAAAGACGGCGUUAUGCAAUUGCCAAUGCAGAAGCGACAGUUGUUCAUGAUCCAAGCCAGACGUGUGUCCCUACUGGAUCAGGUCCAUGCUACCGGGUAGUGACAACGCUUAAUGUUUUCAUAAAAAAUGCUACCGAGUCGGAGCAAGUGCUGAACAAUCUGAUUGUCGGCGUCUACGAUGUGGAGGCUUUGUCUGUUGAUCUUGGAAUCGGUGCACUCAUUGAUUCUAUUUCCUUUGAAGAUAUUCUUUUGGCACAACAAGAGCCCACCAACAGUCCCACUCGGGCACCUGUAUCCAGUCCCACCGUUUCACCCAUUUCUGCUCCCACCCUUCCACCGGCCGUCUCGACUCUGCCGCAAACACCCGGACCGGCGCUCACUCCAACCUAG